AUGAGCGAUUCUCCUAAUGUUGCGUCUCUUUCUCCAGACCCCGUCGUCUACGACGCCCCUCCGGGCCAGAAGAACAGUCCACACAGACCCCGAAAUAUCGCCAACUAUCACCCAUCCAAACACGGGAUUAUACUUCCUCCCAACGCUGAUCUCGAUCGUCGUCUUGAAGGAGACUCCAGCAUGGGCACUACAGUGCUAGUCGAAUUGCAGGACUUCAUCCGUGACGUUCUCCCGGCCAUACCUGUCAAGCAGCCACGAGCCACUCUUCCGGAGAAGACUGUGAACGACGCGCAGGACACUUUGUCUACGCUGUUCUAUGACAAAUCCAACAAGCUUGUCAACGUGAAAGAGGACAACAUUGCGGAUGUUGUGGUGAAGGUCAUCAACGACGCCAUGGCUGCGCUAGAACUCCCUAAAGAAGUGCCAAGGAGGUACCGUGCCAAGCUCUCCAGGUAUAAGGUGAAUCCUUCGGACACGAUGAAAGGAAAGGUCGACGCGGCGAUUUACGAAAGGGACGAUGCGCCCGUUGAAGACUGGCCGGACUGGACCCACUGUCGCUUCUACAUCGAGUUCAAGAGAGGGGAUAUCAAGUAUGAUCCGUGGGACGAUCGCUCCAGCAAGGAUCCGGAGAACGAGAGGAAGACCCGUGCAGUAGUGCGAGCCCAGCUGAUCGCGUACGCUAAAAAUGUCUUCCUCCACCAACAUCGGACGGCCCUGUUCUCCCUCCUCAUCAUCGGCAGCUCAUUCAGGGUAGCUCGAUGGGACAGGUCCGGCGUGAUCGUAUCUAAGAAGGUCAGCUACCUGAAGGACCCUCGAGCUCUCUUAGACCUCGUCUGUCACCUCGUGCAACUCCAUCCGACUCUACAGGGCUUAGACCCCACUGCGACCUUGAUCAAACCGGGAACAAAGGCGUUCAGGAUCAUGAACGAGCUAGCCCAGCCCAAGAGCGCGCAGGACAUGGAAUACAUGGUGCCAGGGACCGAGCACUACAUCCCCCCUCCAGCCCACCCCCCUCCUACGGCGCCGUCUCCUGACCAGGCUCCUGUAUCGUCUGGGACGGCCGCUGUUAGCACACCCCCUCAGCAAUCUAUCCCGGCGGCGAUGCAGACGAAGACACGCGCUCAAUCGAAGCGGCCUGCUCGCACCAAGGUUCAGGCCGCUGAAGACCCCUCCAAAGAGGUCCCGGAAGCCGAGGAAGACCCCGAUGACGAUCUGCCCGACAUCAUCGAGAUACCAGGAAAAGAUUUGCGUAUCUUCAGAUAUGUUCGAGAGAAGUUCCGAGACUCGAUCGCGAACGACCUGCCUCGCUACAAGCUCACAAUCAAGGUCGGCAACAAAGACCGAGUGUUCCUCGUUGGAUGGCCGAUUUUCGAGUCACCUGCGUUAUUUGGUCGCGCUACGCGGGGGUACGUCGCCAUCGACGCGAGCACGCGCCGCUUCGUUUUCUUGAAAGACUCCUGGCGACCGUUCUACGAAGGUGUUCAGCAGGAGGGCUUCUACUUGGAGAAAUUUGCCGACGACGACGACAUCGUUGUGCCGACCCUCGUCUGCCACGGCGACGUGGAGCAACAGCGCGCCUUUACUGCACAGUACGAAGAGGGCGUGAGGAAACAGAUGGAAGCUACUCGUCGCCGCGAGGAGCUUAGCGCCAAUGCCUCCUCCACCCUCGAUGCGGAGCCGGAUGUUAAUAGCAAGAAGCGCGCCCUCCCCGUCGAGAACGACUCCGAGGACGUUUUCAGCCAGAGUUGCGUGGCCGAAGACGUAGAUGUCGAGGAUGUGAAGGGCACACUGCGUCAUCACAUCCAUUAUCGCAUGGCGGUAAAGGACGUCUGCCUCCCUUUCAGUAUGUUUAGGAAUACAGAGCAACUCAUCUAUCUGAUGACCAACUGUAUCGAAACCCAUUAUUAUGUGUACCAGAAGCAUAAGCUCUUGCAUCGCGACAUCAGCGCGGGCAACGUGCUCAUCCUUCCUCGUCUCGUAAUGGAGAAGGACGGCACAGAAGUUGUGGAAUGGCGCGGAGUGUUGACCGAUUGGGAGCUGGCAAAGCCGUGCACCGCGGAGAAUACCACGGAGAAGGCUAGGCAGCCAGAGCGCACAGGGACUUGGCAGUUCAUGUCCGUUGCAUAUGUCGAGUCACAGUGGACAAAACCUAUCACCAUUGCGGACGAGCUGGAAUCCUUCUUCCACGUGAUGUUGUUCUGGGCUAUUCGCUUCCUUCCCCAAACUCUUCUCGACACAACGCAGUUUGUCAUCGACUACUUCGACACCUUCCGGAGCGAGGCCGAUAGCAAGUACAGCUGCGGUGCGACAAAGUACAGCGUCAUGACUCAUGGGGCGCUCGACCUGCCGCCGUUCCAGUUUGUUCAAAACAGUCGUGAACCGGGAAGUCCUCUCAACAGGCUUAUCGAUAAGCUGCUCGAGCACUUCCAGGCGCGGUAUGCAAUCCUCAAGGAUCAGCCGACCAUCCAGCAGAAGCCUUCCUCUGGUAUCGAUCUCAGUGAGAUGAUCGCCGCGCGCCCGCGCAUCAAGCUGCGUGACGGGACGCCUGCGUGGCGCAUUGGCCGGGUCACUCCUCCCGGGUCAUCAUCUUAUGAAGUUGCGGGAAAACGGCCGACUCAAGCGACCAAGGAUCGGGCAGAGCUUCUGAACACACACCACAAGGUCUUGGAGCUCUUCGAUGAUAUACGGUUCCCAACGAACACCGACCCGGCCGAAUGGGCAACCGUCUGGGUCGUCCAGGACCAGCUCGUCAACUAUGAGCCCAGAAUCAUCUUGGCGAAUAACGUUGUACCUGCGCGAACCACCGGAACGCGAGGGAGCGAAAAUGGGUCCAACAAACGUCCUAGGAACGCUGGAUCCAACUUGGCGUUCAGCUCCAACCAGUUGCCGGAGACGACUUCAUCCUGGUCUGUCCUCAGCAACAGUGGCCAAACACCAGCUUGAUCGCGCGCUCCAGUCUCAGUCCGCAAGAUCUUCCACAGGAGUUACUUCCGCAUUCGCGCCGCGCCGCAGCUCGGACAUUGCAGCGUCCAUCUUCAAAGCUCGCCUUCCCCUCACUAGUUUU